AUGGCGGCUUCUGAGGACCCAAUUCUUCCUCCUGAGCUUUGUGUCAGUCCUAGGGCAGCUGUGUCUGAGGAAGAAACUGCAUCAGUAAACAGCGCGUGGAAGAGAUGUGUCAGUAGAAAACGCAGCACAGACCUUCUGGUUCCUACACUUCUCUCAUUAGAUGCAGGAGGCAGCUCAGGUGUCGGAGGUGUGAUUUGCAGGUCAUGCAAUCUCUCCAUCCCAUUCCAUGGAUGUCUGUUAGACCUUGGAACCUGCAGAACAAAGCCUGGUCAGUUUUGUAUAAGAGAGACCUUCACUAAAGGCGGAAUCCAGUGGUUUUCAGUUAAAGGCUGCACGGAGGACAAAUCAGAGUGCUUCAAGAGAAUCAUGAAGAAUUACGAAAUCCGCUCUAGUCACUGCUGCCACCGGCCCCUGUGCAACUUCUGA